AUGAUGUCUUCAGACCAAACUCCAUACGAAACCAUGCAAACGGAAGGCUGCAGCCAAGUUGAACCGUCGUUCGAAGUGAACGAGGUCGAUCAGACCGAGGUAAACACUACUGCACAUGCGUAUAGUCUCCAGCACUCUGAACCAAGCGCCGAGGUCUACUGGGGUGCAGCUCCACAAGGCUUCCGAGAGCAUGUGUCCAAGGUCACCUUUGGUACAGGCGGAGCCUAUACACCAGUUGGCCCACCAUACUCAGCGAAUAGCUUUGCCCCAGUCGAGGCUAUGAACGACCUCAGCUUUCAGGCCAACCCGCACGGUUUAAACGAGUCGCAAGUUUGGCCCAACACCUCGGACGGAUGUAUCGACUCUCGUCGCUUGACGCUCACGGGCGAAAACUACGACCAGCCUCAGAGUGAAAGACAACAGGGGGCCGCAGUGUACUCCAAAAAUAUCUUCUCAGAUCUGGGAAGUAGCGACCUACCCCAUUUGCAACCCGCGGACAGCAUCGAGACCUACAACUCGUUUCAGUAUCCACAAGAACAAUUCUUGGGGUCCACACCAUCCCUCGGUCCGCAUUCGUCGAUUGAUCAGAUGAUGGAAGAUAAACCAACCUUGCCUGCUUCCGUGCAGAUGCCGACAGAAUUGAGAGGCGUCCCAUUCGCACCAACAAGACGACCUUCUACCGUGCCUUGGUCUCAUACCGCAGCGAUCGAGCAGACCAUGCCGCACGGAGUCUACAAUGAGGGCCCCUACCUCGAUAGGCUGAACAGUCAUUCAACAGGCGAGACGUCGCUCGGUGAACCAGAUCAUGACGGGUCGAUGGUGACUGACAUUGUACAUGAGGCGAGUACAAAUAGCUCUUGGGCCCCAGAUGUGAACCCAACAGACUCUGGUGGGAUGGCCUUGUACCCCCGCCAAUCUGCCACGCCGCACACAAUUCGGCGCCGCCGAUCCUCAUACCGACAUGGCUCUGGAGGCUUGUAUGAGCCUAGGUCUGAUGAUCCUUACACCCGAGAGCACUUCGAUACCAUGCUCGACCGCCUUGACAUCAAUAGCGGCGCUGGUACUGAAUUGAUGAGGUGA